AUGACUGAAGGUGGCGGCGAGAGCUUUUCAAAUGCUCGAUCCAUGCACAACGAACGCUCAAAUUUUGCAGUCCUCAGAAAUGUUGCUCAAUCGUUUACCACGGCGGUGCACAGACUUCUGCUAUGGCUGACCCCGAGCUUUGCCUCGAGGUCCAAAUCCGUAAAGGCAUCAACCUCGACUCCGGCCGACAAGAUUUCUGCCCUGGAUGGCCUUCGAGGAAUCGCCUGUCUCAUUGUCUUGCACGAGCAUUGGACCUGUGCCGUCGAUGAUCCUUGGCGACCAUAUGCUAUGCCCAAACUCGCGACUGGCUUCAUGUGGAUGCCUUUUGUCAUGCUCUCGUGGGCUGGAGAGGCCAUGGUGAACCUGUUCUUCGUCAUCUCGGGCUAUGUCCUCUCCUACAAACCCCUGGGCCUGUUGUACUCGUCUGGCCCUCAAAUGAUGUACGAAUGCAUUGCCUCGUCGGUCUUCCGCCGAGCAUUCCGCCUCAUGCUUCCCACCAUGGCGGCCGUGGUCAUGAUUGCGACUCUGACCCAGCUGCGAGCCUUCGAACCUGCCAGGUACGUCUUCAACGACAUCAACACCGCGCAAAUGGAGGCGUUUGACGCAAGGAACAACGUCACUCAAAUGAUCGAGGAUGGUCUCUUCGCGGACAAUCCACGGCCACGUCUAAUGCGCGAAGACCCUCCACCCUUGUCCGAGACCUUUGCGGCACAGGUUUCAGAUGUGGUGACUGAAUUCUACAUGCUCGCCAAAGGCUCGGUGCCCGGGGAGCCUAGCCAGCAUGAUUACUUUGUCUACGACGCACAUAUCUGGACCAUUCCCGUUGAGCUGAAGUCGAGUUUGGCGAUUUUCAUCCUCAUGAUGGGAACCUCGAUGCUCACCAGCGGAUGGCGGCUCUUCUUUCACAGCGUUCUCGCAGGGUUUUGUGCCGUGCAGGAAUAUCGUAGCAUCUGUCUGUUUGUUGGGGGCAUGAUUAUCGCUGAGCUUGAUCUGAUGCGGAAGCAUCUUGGACGUCCAGGCCAGUCGCAAAGACAGGGCCCCAUCCUCGGACAUCAGUCGCUGUCAGCAUCGUCAGCGCCGUCGCCUUACAAGAUCUUCGGAUGGCUUCAGCAUCAGGAUGUGGCAUCGGCUGCUUGGGGUCUUUGCUUCGUCUUCGGCCUGUAUAUUCUCUCCAUUCCGCUCCUCGAGCCCGUCACAAUCCCACCAUAUGUGCAUCUGGCUCGUCUGCUCCCGGCAUACAUCGCCGACAAGAACAGGCUUAUCCGUCUAUUUGGCGCGGUCGUCACGACAUGGGCGUGCGUCAAUUCUGACAUUGCCUCGCCCAUCUUCCUCAACAAAGUCGCCCAGUAUCUGGGCCGGAUAUCCUUUGCCCUGUACCUCACGCACGGCAUGCUCAUCCGCUCGCUGGGGUACGUGGUCAUCGGCAGACUGCGGUCUCUCACGGGCGCGUACGUCCGCGAGGACACGUCGCUUGCCCAGUUUGUGUUUAUCUGGUUGUUUGGCUACCUCAUGAUGCUGCCGUUUUUCCUCUGCGUUGCCGACGUGUUCUGGCGAUCUGUCGAUGUGCCCUCGGUCAAACUGGCCCGGGAUAUUGAACGGCGGCUGAGGAGGCAACAGCAUCGCCAGCAGCAACACCAGCAGGACUGGUGGCCGCGGAACAAGGUGCCUUGA